AGAAUUUCGAAUCCGUGACGAUGGCAACGCUGCGACUGGAGGCGAUAUACCUCACAGUAGCAUCCAUGGCCGCUUUCGCCGCCAAGGGCCUCGAUGUCAUUCGUCUUCGCCCCGGUGGCGAUGCGUGGUGCAUUGAGCGGUCGGCCGUGGACCCGCUCCUCACGGACUCGGUCGAGCGGGAGGCGCUCCGCACGAUGGAAGACAAGAAAGAGACCUCGAUUUACUACCAUGGCAAUACGCUGCAGAUCCGCACCUGCUUGGUCCGCGGCGUCCGCGUCAACCAUGUCAACCUCGCGCCGGGGACGGCGCAUGCGCUGCGCAACGGCGACCGCAUCGCGAUUCUCGCCUCGCCCUAUGGUGGCGACGUCGUCGUGUACCACGUGGAGAUCGCAGUCGUCGGUGACGCGGUGCCGCAGAGCGCUAUCUACGCGACGACGGCGCCUGAUUCGAGUGACGCAGACUCGGACGUUCAAGUGUGCCACAAACGAGAGGUCUCGUCGGACGCCUCGUCCCGCGCGGCCAAGCGGCAACGACGGGCACCACCGUCGAUUCCCGAGACACGUUCUGGGUCACUUUAUCAGUUGCGCCUUGUGAGCGACGCUCUGGCACCAGCAUCAGCCGCGGCCAUGAAGCAGCGACGUCUCGACAUCGUGCGCCUCGGACCCGACCAUCGUUCCUAUUCGUUUGGCCGGUCGCUCGUCGCGAACCUUUUCACUGACCCAAAGGAGCGCCAGGCACUGCUCGACUUGGAGGACGACCACUGUCAGUUUCUGAGCGACUACCACGGCAACCUUCGCGUCAUGGACACGAGCCGCUUUGGCACGCGCGUCAACACCGUGCGACUGGAACCGUAUGCGCCCCGGCUGCUCGAUGUCGGCGACAAGGUCGUGCUCCUCAAGUCUCUGCGCGGCAGCGACCUCCUCGCGUAUGUGGUGGAAGAUGCCACGAUCCGUCGCAGUUUGUUGGCGCCGGCGCCACCGACGACACCGAUCCAGCGCAGCGUGACUCCAACGCCGGCCGCGUCCCCCAUCUCGGAGCACUCGUUCUUAUCGGUCGCGUCGCAGCCGGCCAAGGGGCGCAAGCGCUGUGGCUUGAACGGCUGCGAGAAGCACGGCGUGGCACCGCAAGGCCGCUGCAAGACGCACACGGACCCGGACAAGCGUCUGCGCUGCCAGUACGUCGCCGACGACGGCGUCGUUUGCACCAACUUUGCCAACGGCCGCGGCGAGUGCGAGAAACACCUCGGCUGCGUCCACGGAGCCACGAGCAGCCGCGAGAACAUGCGCACGACGCGGCGCAACCCAUCGACCAAGCGCAACGUGUAGCGAAGCCCCGUCCGCACAAUAUUUUGAGUAUCAAUCGGACUGCACGCUGGUGUUGGCGGCGUCAUCACGCAGGUGCGUCCAGGUGGAUGGAUGGUCGCUUCGGAUACGUUGACUCGC